AGAGCAGCCGGUCGUCAAAAGAAAAAGCUCCGCAAUCGCCUUGCGGAUGAAUUAGUUGGCAUUCUGCGGCUGUAAGUUGGGCGCUCCAGGGGAACGAAAUGUUGGGGGCGGACGGAGUCACGACGCGCCACGCAACGCAGCUCGUCAUGACCCUGGAGUGAAUCACGCAAUUUCUUUGCUGACGUGAAAUUUUCUGCGCGGCUGCGGGUGUUGAGUAUUUUUACAGACAUCUGUGUUUGGUUCCCUCCACAUCAACACUUGAUUUUCUUCUUCUUUGUUUGAAAAGGUGCAACAUUUCAUUCAGAACUUCCUUUGUUUUGCUUUGUUUGUUUUCUGUUUUAAUCCCUGCGCGCACAUAAGACGCGCCGCUCUUUCUUUCUUCUUCUUCUUUUUUUUUUUGCGGAUUUUUAUGCGCACACGCAGCUCCAUGCAUCCCGCACCUGUGGACGCUCUUUGUGUUUCGUGUUUUUGACGCGCUCUCUCCCACGCCGCACGGAGCGGUGAGUCGGAUGCGCGGCGGCUCUCCGGUCACAUUCAGCGCCGCAGCGGCCGCGAUCAGCUGCGUGUGGAUGGGCUCUGCGCCUGCUCCCCGCGCCUCCCGCACCUCCUAACCACCGGCGACAAAUGGCAUCGCACGGCUUCUGGUCCCUCGGCGGGGAAAAUCCGGGGGCCAACACCGGGAGUCAAAGCCCCAGCACCCCCAGGGCUUGGUGCCAAGCAGCUGCCCAGAAAUUAUCCGGAGGAAUUGGAUCAAAAUUAUGUGCGCUGCUAAGUGUCGGAGAAGGGGAGAAACCCGCCGAGCCGGCCGCCAAGCAGCCGCCGCAGACCGCUGCGGGAAGCUGCGGCUGCAACAAAUCCUGCACCUGCACCAAAGGCACCGAUGUGGGCUUCUCAGACCUCUACUCAACAGACCUGCUGCCUGCCAUGGACGGAGACACCAAAACGAUGACCUUCCUGCAGGAGGUCGUGGAUAUUUUAAUGGCCUACAUAGUCGAGUCGUUCGACCGGGAAACGAAAGUGAUCGAUUUUCAUUAUCCCAACGAGCUGCUGCAGCUCAACAACUGGGAGCUGCAGGACGAGCCGGCCACGCUGGAUGACAUCUUGAUCAGCUGCCGCGCAACUCUCAAAUACGCCAUCAAAACAGCGCACCCCAGGUACUUCAAUCAGCUCUCCACAGGAUUAGACAUGGUCGGGCUGGCAGCCGAUUGGCUCACAUCCACGGCCAACACCAACAUGUUCACCUAUGAGGUGGCGCCUGUGUUUGUGCUGCUGGAGUACGUCACCUUGAAGAAGAUGAGGGAGAUCAUUGGCUGGUCGGACGGGCGAGGAGACGGCAUUUUCUCACCCGGGGGUGCUAUUUCCAACAUGUACGCUAUGCUGCUGGCCCGCUUCAAGAUGUUCCCUGAAGUGAAGGAGAAAGGAAUGUCGUCCGUCCCCAAACUGGUGGCCUUCACAUCCGAACACAGCCAUUUCUCCAUCAAAAAGGGAGCGGCGGCGCUUGGCAUUGGGACUGAAAGCGUGAUCUGCAUCAAAGCAGACGAAUGCGGCAAACUGAUCCCCGCCGACCUGGAGAGGAGAAUACUGGAGGCGAAACACAAGGGGUUCGUACCGUUCUUUGUGAGCGCGACAGCUGGGACAACCGUGUACGGCGCGUUUGACCCGCUCAUCGCCAUCUCUGACAUCUGCAAAAAGUACAACAUCUGGUUUCACGUGGAUGGAGCGUGGGGAGGGAGUCUGCUCAUGUCCCGGAGACACCGGUGGAAACUGGACGGCGUUGAGAGGGCCAACUCUGUGACCUGGAACCCUCACAAAAUGAUGUCCGUCCCCCUGCAGUGCUCCGCCCUGCUCGUCAGAGAGGAGGGUUUGAUGCAGAGCUGCAACCAGAUGCACGCCUGCUACCUCUUCCAGCAGGACAAACAGUACGACCUUUCUUACGACACCGGGGACAAAGCGCUGCAGUGUGGACGCCAUGUGGACAUCUUUAAACUCUGGCUGAUGUGGAGAGCGAAGGGAACCAUCGGCUUCGAAGCUCAGAUUGACAAAUGCUUGGAGCUGUCGGAGUAUCUGUACAACAAAAUCAAAGACAGAGAAGGAUACCAGAUGGUGUUCGAUGGGAAGCCUCAGCACACCAACGUCUGCUUCUGGUACCUCCCUCCGGGGAUCCGCUACAUGGAGGACAAGGAGGAGAAGAAGAAGCGCCUUCACAAGGUGGCUCCAGUCAUCAAAGCCAGGAUGAUGGAGUACGGCACCACCAUGGUCAGCUACCAGCCACAAGGCGACAAGGUGAACUUCUUCCGCAUGGUGAUCUCCAACCCUGCUGCUACCUUCGAGGACAUCGACUUCCUCAUCGAGGAAAUCGAGCGACUCGGCCACGAUCUAUAAGACUCCUCUCGCCAAAUCCUCCUGUACUUUCCCCCCGUUGAUGGAUGAAAUGUUUGUCAUGAAUGUACCGGUAACCAUUUUCAUUUCUCUUUUUUCCUGUAAAGUCUAAUAUUUAAGAGUAUAUUUAAGAAGAAGAAGAAAAAAGAUGUAUUAAUAUAUUAUGUACUGCAGCUUUUUCUGUGGACUGACCUGGUCCAGCGCAAUGUAAAAGUGCUUCUGUCCGCCUUUCUUAUGGUAUAGUCGCCGCAAGAUUAGUGUGAUCAGUGUGACUUUAUAUGUACUUUUUGUGCUAUGAAAUGCUUGUGCAAUAAGUCGUUGAGGGAGAUCUGAGAUUUUUGGAUCAUUUCUCAUUCGCAGAGUUUGUUGUUAAAUGCCAAAUGUUGUUGUGUUCUAUCGUAACGUUUAAGAUUUUAAACAAAGAAAGCACUAAUCUUUACCUCAGCUUAAUUAACUGCCUGUACAGCAGGGGGUAGAGUCCAGUCCAGGAAGCUGUUUCAACUAAAAUGUAACAUUUAAUUUGCACACUGUUCUGGAUAUCAGAAAAAAAAAAAUAGACAAGAUGAAAACACAAAACUGCCGAAUUACCUAAAAAAAGGCCAGCAGGUGGCGGUAAUGUCAACAUGAAUUACCUUUAAGCAAAUGUUGAUAUUCUGAGCAAAUCCCACUAAAGUUGGAACCACUCCUUUUUUAUUUAUUCCCCAAUGGAGCCAAAAGGACAAAAUUAGUUUUUCCCCUUUGUAAUUUAGUAGUUUUACUUAUUCAAGAGUCAUCUGCGGUAAGGUAUUUUAUACCGACUAUAAAACUAUCAGUUCCUUUUGUUUUGGUGACUAAAGUAAAUUUAUACAAAAUAUGAAUGCAAUAAUUAAUAUCUACCAUCAGGAGGCCAAUUAUAGUUAUAAGUUUUGAAAACGGUCGUAAACUAAAUAUUCUAAAAAAAAGUCGGCUGGCAUAAAUGUCAAUCAGAGCAACAGUCAACAGAAAUGGAGUCCAAAAUUUAAUACACAGAAAAUAGUGCACAACAAAAAUGACCAAUAAGAUUGAAAUUUGUUUAUGAUUGCUUGUAUCCAUAAUAAACCAAAAAUAUUCAAUGACCAGUUAAAGUAAAAGCACUGAUUAAAUGCCUGUGAGCAAAUGGUUUUCAUGGGUAUAAAAUGGCAGCAGAUUUGGUCAAAACAAGGUAAAAUUAAAACAUUUGAGGAAAAUGUACCCAUGUUCCAAGCUCAUUUAUUGCACCAUAACUAAAAUGGCUACAGCAGUCAUUUUGAUGUUUAGCACAUUGUUAAUGCUUAGAGUACUGUUUACUCUAAACUCUAGACUGUUUUACUGUUAUUUUCCAAAAUCAUACUCUAGGAUUCACCAAAAAUAGUUUCUUUAAACCAAAACAGUGUUUCAUGCAGGAGAUGCAUCAUAAAAUGUCUGUUUUAGUACAAGCAACGUAAAACUAAAGAUACCGCCCCUUAUUAGGAAUGCUGGCCUAAAAUAGCAAAAUGUAGUUUGAAUCUCAGUGAUCAUGAUGUUGGGCUUAAAACUACAAGUUAAAGGCCAAGGCACUGGAAUGAAGACCCAUUUAAUACUGGCAGCUUCUUGGUACUUUUUAAACUGAGACCCUUGGUAAUGGUGGGAACCAUCCAAUCAACCAACCAAUAAACCAACUAACCAACCAACCAAUAAAUCGACUAACCAACCAACAAAUAAACCUACCAAUAAACUCAUCAACCAACCAAUAAACCAACUAACCAACCAACAAACCAACCAACCAAUAAAUCGACUAACCAACCAACCAAUAAACUAAUCAACCAACCAACCAACCAAUAAACCAACUAACCAACAAAUAAACCAACCAAUAAACUAAUCAACCAACAAAUAAACCAACAAACCAACCAAUAAAUCGACUAACCAACCAACAAACCAAGCAACCAUCCGAUCAACCAACCAAAUAAACUAAUCAACCAACCAACCAAUAAAUCAACUAAUCAACCAACUAACCAAGCAACCAUCCGAUCAACCAACCAGUAAACCAACUAACCAACCAAUAAACUAAUCAACCAAUAAAUCAACUAAUCAACCAACUAACCAACCAAUAAACUAAUCAACCAACCAACCAAUAAAUCAACUAAUCAGCCAACAAACCAAGCAACCAUCCGAUCAACCAACCAGUAAACCAACUAACCAAUUAAUAAACUAAUCAACCUACCAGUGAUUCCAGAUUGUUAACAGGUUCAGGAUAUUUCCAAUUGAUAACUGUAGUGUGACUUUAAUCAGAGCUUAAUAGUUUUAAUCGUAAUGAGAUUAAAGACACUUUAAUGUAUUUUAAUGUAUCCGUUUAUACAGCUUCACUCUUUUUCUGAGAGUCUGUUGAUUGUGUUUAGGUUUAGCUCCUGCCCUUUUCCAUGAGCGUCAUAAUAAACUUUCCCAAUAACUUCUACAAACGUCUGCAGAUGAUCUUAAUUAGUCCGACGAAAACAGAUUCAAUUAUAUUAUAAAUUCAAUAAUAAAAAAAACUGAUGAAAACCAGAAAUUUAACAUGUCAGUCGGCCUGUCAGAAUAGCAAAUUUUGUUUAAUCUUUGGGUAAAACUAGAAAAAAGAAACGGAAAAUAAAGUGGACAAAAAAAUGGUUUACCACUUACAUUUAUUUGCUAAACUUGUUUCUGAGUUGCACUUUAUCACAUUUUGAGAAGAAAAGCUGGAAUGUAUAACUGAAAAAAAUAAAUGUUUCUAUGAACCUGCUUGUGUAUAAAAUCAAAACUAAAUUAUUUUAUCUUCAGCUGAAAAGGGCCAAAUGUUCAUUUUAGCAUCUCUUCCUUAUCUUUAGCACUUAAUGACAAAACCUUAAGCAGAAUUACCUGAAAGGCAGGGCAAUAAUAAUAUUAAUAAUAUCGCUGUUUUGGUCAGAUUUGGGUACUUUAACACUAGAUGUUACUUGCACUAAAUUAUUGUGGAGAGCAACUCAAGUGGCAACUGAGAUUGCUUCUGUUUUCAUUCACAAGCAAUAUUUAAGGGUCCAAGCUACAUAUCCCGCAAAAAGCAGUGAAAUAUCAGCGCACGUUAACGGAAGAUAAUCAAGUUUUCAAACCAAGCACAUGAUAACUUAGGUAAUAAUAAUAAUAAUAAUAACCUGUAUAAAAGCUUAUUGUAGGCAGGGUUAGCUGUUGAAACUCUGGUUUUCUUUUAAAAAGCAGAAGUUUUGUAGCAUUUUCAUUAGACUGAGGUAGAAAAGCACAAUUUGCUCAACACUAUCAAUCACUUUGAAACAUAGACUGUAAAUACAACUACAAGAUGUCCUAAGUACAUAUCUUUGUGUAUACAUAUUAUGUAUAUAAGACGUAUAACCAGAGACUAUUUGUGAGGUAAAGUUGUUCAUAUUUUCUCUAUAUCUGAUAUGAAUACCCUGUAUUUUCAUCUCGUCGGCCCAAAAGGCUUUACUUUUCACUGUGCGUGUGUGUGUUUGUGUGUGUGUGACUCUUCUAGCUGUUUCAACGACAACUUGUUUCAGGGACUGGCUUUAAAAAGAAUGGACAGAUGUCACCUCCAAGUACUUCGUUAGGAGGUGUGAAAGUCUGGCGUUAGGGUUUUAAAUGAAUAUGCAAAGCCAUUUUUUGACUCUGAAGCUCCGUGUUUUUCUGUGCACAGGUGAAACUUGACUGUAUGUGCCGACGUGUACCUUAGCGUGUUUGUGACUGUGUUGCCUUAGUAGAGAUUUUUCAGUAUCGUCUAGUUGACCUCCGGAAAAAAGCAGGAGGUUGUGCACUUUAGAGUAUACGACCUAAAUAACGUGCAAUGUCUAAUGGUUGUUUAUGAUUUAAUGUUUAAAAAAAGAUUCUCUAACAUAAUGUAACUGGAGCUCUUUGGUCUGAAUGUGAAAGGAAUUAAGGGUCUGUUUUAAUUUGAUUUUGUAGAUGUAGUAAAGCUUAUGUUGCCACUCCCUAAGUGGAUCUGUUGUGCACACUGUGACAGAGACAACAUCAGAUUCAUGCCAGCUAACCUCACUGCGGUGAGCCUGAGAAGCCAGACACUUUUCACAGGCGUGCGGACUCUGGUCACAUGACCUGAACUCAAGUCACAAAUCGAAUGACUUCUUCAUGAAAUGGUGAAAAACCUGGAUGUCAACUCAGACUUUAACACCAACAAAACUUUUGACUAUUGACUGAAUUUAAUUUAGGACUGAAAUGAUUAAUCAGAUUAGUCAUGAUUAAUGGUGAUCAACAUUGAUUAAUUGGAUUAAUCGUGAGUAAUCAUAUUAAGAGUAAUUAAUACUAUUAGAUCCAAUCCAAUCAGAUUAAUCGAAUCAUUAAUUCAACUAAUCACAGUUAAAUGUAAUUAAUACAAUUAUCUGUAAUUAAUCAGAUUAAUUGUGAUUAAUCGAUUACCAAAAAAAUCAUCAACUAAUUUAAUGAUUAAUUGUUAAUUGGAGUAUAAAGACUCAAUAAAAUGCAAUUUUGCUGAAAGAACAGCACACUCAGAGCUGUAAUUAAGCCAAAACUAUACUAUCUAUAUAUAUAUAUAUAAUUUUUUUUUUUUCAUUUAAGAUAAAGAAAAACUAACCAUUGUCUGUAUACAUAUAUCACUUUUUAUAACAAAAAAUACUGCCCCUUUAAGACUUCGUAGAGAAAGGAUAUUGUGAUGACUUCCUGUAGGCGGAGCUUCAGAAAGAACAGGAGCUUCUUAAAGAGACGGAGCCCCAGUUAACAGCGUUAAAUUGACUGUAGGUAUCAGUCACUUGUGCUAUAAAAUGGCGCUUUGUGCCUGAAAAUCACGCUACUGCCCCUUUAAUUUUGCACUUGACUUAAAUCUUGCUUCAGAUUGCGGUUUCUCACUCAGGACUUGCAGUGUUUGACUUUGGACUCAACCUGGGACCAACACGGGUUUUAUUUGGGUUUUGACUUGGGUGUAAAGGUGACUUGUGACUCGCUCCCGUCUCUGCUCGUUCCUCUUGCUGCUCUCGCUGCCGCUACACUCGCGCCCCUUGCAUGUGCAUGCGAUUCCCUGCCUCUCCAGCUUGUUCCAUGUGCGGUCUCCUAUAUAUCCAUGUGCAUAUAUGUAAACUGUAUGUAUAGCUCCUGUAAUUAGCCUAAGUGUCCUACAUAUACCAAUAUUUAUAUAUAUAGCUUAGCUUGUAGAUUAGUGCACUGUCGCUCUAGCCUUUACAUGUAAUCUUUGUGUCCUGGGCUUCCUGUAAAGUCUCUCUGUGCUGCCAGCAUGCCGACCUCGCUUUGCAUCGUUUUCCUCUCCGUGCCUGAUCUGCCUUUCUCUCUCUUCCCCCUUUCUGCUUGGAAACUGUCGCUGCUUUCAGUGUCUUAUAUAAAUAUAUAUAAAUGUAGUCCUUCAGCAUGUCUUUUUGAAAGCUUUACUCUGCUCUGAUCUUUCCUAUCUUUCUCCUUCUGCUUCGCCCUCUGGUCAGCAGCAUAUCUCCGCGCCUUCCUCUUAAUAUGUCUCGGCGACCUGAUGUUGCUCUGUUUUUGUGCCUCAAACAGUAGAUUCACCCAGAAAGACGGAAAACAGACCCUGCUUUCUUGUUUAGGUUCAACGUUUUUCUUUUCAUUGUUUCAUUAGGACAAAUAGAAACCUUACUGUUGUCCUCAAAGAGGAGGUAAACUCUAAAUAUGUACUCUGUAAACUGGCUUUCAAACAUGCAUUUGUCCUAAAUUACCUGUUAUUCUAAGAAAGAAGAAGAAAUAAAUAUAACAAGACAACA